CUAAGUAUCUCAUCCUCCUCUAGCAAACUAGCAAUUAGCAUAUCCCUCAUUUGUGAUAGGAUUUCUUCCAAAAAUCUUAUUUCGAAAGAAGAAAGUUACCAAAAAUCAAAGCCAAUGGACAAAAUGUUGAUUGUCUUUGUUACUUUAGCCGUCACAAGUUUGGUGCAAGAUACUACAGCCCAAAUGGUGCAUGUGGUUGGGGACAACAUAGGUUGGACCAUUCCGAGCAGUGGCGCAGCAGCUUACACAAAUUGGGCUGCUGGGAAAACCUUCAGCAUUGGUGACACUCUAGUUUUCAAUUUUAUGACCGACUCACAUGACGUUCUGCAAGUACCAAAAACUUCAUUCGAUGGGUGCAAUUCACAAAAUGCCAUAGGCAAUCCCAUAAUGACAGGACCAGCGAAUGUGACUCUUGACUCUACUGGAGAUCACUAUUACAUUUGCACUUUUGGCCGGCAUUGCCAAAAUGGCCAAAAGUUGGCUAUUACAGUUUCCAGCACUGGUACUCCAGGGGCUAACCCGCCUACACGAAGCAGUCCUAUCACUCCAGUCGUGCCUUCACCAUCCUCUUCCAACCAACCGGAAGCGUGUGCACCUACAUCAGCUGUUGCUGGACCGUCAAGUUCUAUUAGUGCUCCUCCUUCUUCUUCGUCCUCAUCAAUCGUAUUGGCCAGUUUUCUGCUCAGUCUAUCCUCGAUUGCCUUGGCUACUUUUCUUUAAAUUGAAGAAAUCGAGGAGUUCGUUGAAUUUCUCAUUUAUUAUAGUGAAGUAUAUACUACGAUAAAAAUAACCAUGUAAUGGAUCUAUUCUUAUUUUUUUGUUUACCGGCUUGUAUUGGAUUGAGUUGUUAGAGUCACUGAUUGUGUUUGUAAUA